UCUCGAGGAGAGGACGAUCAUGGUCAGUUAAUUCACGCCUUCACAUUCGCUAGCCGUCAAGAUGCCUCUACAAGCUCUGCGCACCGUCUCAAAGGGACAGAAUGGUGUCGGUGCCUUUAUCCUGCAAUGCAAACGCCUCGACUUCCACUACUGCGACUGGGCCGGUAGUUCAAAGGGCAUGAACUCCUUCCUCAAGAACGACCUCACAGCGUUCGCCCGCGCAAACCCUCAAGUCGAAAUCACCGUCUCGCCCCGUCCGCGCAAACACCCCGUCAUCAAGGGUACAUAUAUCAACGGCCGCGAAAAGGCCAUCUGUGUGCGCAACCUCGAGAAGGAGCAGAUUAUGAAGAAGGCCGAGCUGCUGCGCGAUGCCAGCGGCGACAAGUUGAGAAAGGUCACAAAGCCCGUCAAGUCCAUCAACGAGAGUGUAAGAGGUAUCUGGGACCCUUUCCACGGCUCAAAGUGGUCUGUCUGAUCUCUUCUACCUGCUUCGCUUUCUACGACCAUCUUGUACAGCAUUUCAAAGGCGUUUUGGGGAUACCAAGGAUUUCAAAAUUAAGGCCUCUUCACUGUAUACUACACUUUACUUCCAUGUUCAUAUCAUGCUUCUACAGUAGGAAAGACCCUAUCGAACAAUGUUCCAAUAUUCUUGAACACCGGAGAGCGGAUCUGGCGGGAACUUGGUUGAUAUAAGCCAAAACUCGCUUGGAUUCCAAACAUUCAGUCUUUGCGUUCAACGAGGACGACACUUCCCGACCUAUAUCAGAUAUUGAAGAACGUACCUUUCGUCGUCGUCUAAAAUCAGGUUUCUUCUCAAAGAGAACAGAAUUC